UUAGGCCAGCGAGGAAGGAGAUGAGGAGGAAUGUUGAGCUAGUGAGAGAGAGAAAAGUGCCGUCGGGGGCUUUUGAAUGGCAUCGGAUGACGGGAGACAGCACUCAGAGCCUUGGAGUGGCUGUGGUGGAGGCCAGACAAAGCAUCAAGGUGAAACAGAAUAAUAAUAAUAAUUAAAAAAUAUUUAUAUCCUGCCCUCCCCACCCAAAGCCAGACUCAGAGCGGCUAACAACAGUAAAAAUAGCACAGUUUACAUAAAAUCACAGUCAAUUAAUUGAAAUACAUUCUAAAAUCAAUUCAGAAUCAAAUUAAUGAUAACCAUUGGGCUAUGAGCAUUACAGAAGGAGAGAGGGGGUCAGACUGCGCCUUGGCCAAAGGCCUGGUGGAACAGCUCUGUCUUGCAGGCCCUGCGGAAAGAUGUCAAGUCCCGCAGGGCCCUAGUCUCUUGUGACAGAGCGUUCCACCAGAUCGGGGCCACAGCCGAAAAGCCCUGGCUCUGGUUGAGGCCAGCCUAACCUCCCUGUGGCCCGGGAUCUCAAAGAUGUUUUUAUUUGAAGACCGUAAGGUCCUCCGUGGGACAUACCAGGAGAGGCGGUCCCGUAGGUACGAGAAAUGGCUGCAGCUGUAGGCUCUGGGCUUUCAAAUUGCAAGCGGCACACUUUGCGAGACCCAAAUUUGGUGCUUCCUCACCUCUCACCUUCUGCUCUACUCAAUUCACUAUGCCAUAGUUGCAAUGCCUGGGGCACCCCUAGGCUCAGCACCCAGUGCGGUGGAACCCGUCACAAAGCCCUAACUCUGCUUCUGACAGCUCUGGGGACAACCAGGAGCCCACCACACCCAGGAGUAGCAUGGGGGCAUCGCCUCAUGGGGGCACCCAGUCAAGUCUGCAGCAUCAGGUGGGUCUUGACAUGAAAAAGAGACUCAUGAUUAACUUUUUAUUUUUUAGGGAUUUGCAGUGGCACCAGAUUUCUACUUCAUAUUUAAAUUUUGAAUAUGGAGGAGAUUUCAUACCAAGAAGAAACUACACUAUAUUGAGUCUGAUCAUUAUUCCAUCUAGCUCAAUAUUAUUUCAUAUUCAUUUAUUACCCUCCCUUCAUCCAGGGUGAAUUUCCAAUAAUUAGAAAUGCAGUUCCAAACGAGAUCACAAAAACAGGGUUGGUCUGAAUAGAUACAUCUCAGUCAUCAUCUAAGGCCAGAGUAAACAGGUUUGUGGAAUGUUGGCUGCAGCUGCAUAGAGUGCCCUUUAACUCAUCUCCUGCAAUCAGUAUCUUCAGUGGAAGAAUGUAUGCUAUCACCACCUGAGGCAUGACUGGGCCAAGCAGCGCCACCACUCUCCUCUCGCCACCCACAAAUCAAUCUUGACCCUGGGGUGGAGCUACAGAUGGUGGCAUUGGGCCAUCGUGUGAAAAAGCUGUCUCAGCAGCUCCCUUGCACCAGAGCCAGGCUGGUUGCACCCCCUAAAAACACACACACACAAAACACCCAGUGCCAUGGCCUCCCAGCCCCGCUACGCUAUGCCACUGACUGUCUUCACUUCAGUGUGAUAGUAGGGAUAACACUCUUUGUAGUACACCUGAGCAUUAAAAUCUAACAAAUCCUUGUACAGAAGAAGACAAUUAUGAGCUUCAAUGACAUCAUUCCUUUUAACUUCUGAUUCCAUGUCUUGUUAUAGCAGACUGAAACAGUUCUAAGAGGGUGGGGGGUGUUGUGUUGCGGACUAUAAAAUUAGUCUCUGCUAGGCUCUGGAAUGUCAGGUUUCACCGAGAGCUAAUAUUGUUAGAAUUCCUGCUCCAUGAUUGCAGUCAUGGGAUUUUUGUCUAUUAAAGGUAAAGGUACCCCUGCCCGUCAGGGCCAGUCGUGACCAACUCUAGGGUUGCGCGCUCAUCUCGCUCAAGAGGCCAGGAGCCGGCGCUGUCUGAAGACACUUCCGGGUCACGUGGCCAGCGUGACUAAGCUGCAUCUGGCGAGCCAGCACCAGCGCAGCACACGGAAACGCCGUUUACCUUCCCGCUAUAAAGCGGUCCCUAUUUAUCUACUUGCACUUAGGGGUGCUUUCGAACUGCUAGGUUGGCAGGAGCUGGGACCAAAUGACGGGAGCUCACCCCGUCACAGGGAUUCAAACCGCCGACCUUAUGAUCAGCAAGUCCUAGGCACUGAGGUUUUACCCACAGCGCCACCCGUGUCCCUUUUUGUCUAUUACAUGAUGGUAUAUAUUUUGACUCCACAGAGUGGGAAGUGACAGAGGCAGAGUGUUUGUGUUACUGUGUUCUGUGAAGUGGGACUAUUGCUCUUUUUGUUCUUUUUCUCUUUGCUGUCUGCUGCUAGAGAGAGAGGGAGCCAUGUUGCAGUGCUCCAUGUGUGUUUAUAUGUAAAUAAAGUAGAUUAGCCAAAAUGCUGAGUUGCUGAGGUCUGUUACACACACUGCAAACACUCUGCGGAUCCCUAUGUGUGCCGAUGUCUGUUGGCAUUGGUCUCUGUGAUGUUCGGGCUGAAGAAAGCUUCUGAAGCUCCUGAAUGAUCAACCAGGAGGGAGAGAACAUGCUAGUCGGGCAUGUGUCUCUGCCAGGGUCCUACUCAAGUGUAGGACAAGCUCCUGACAAAUAAAUGGCUGAUCUAUAUUUGUAUGUGCAUAUGCGUAUGUUUGAUUGGAAGCUCAAAGCAGGAACCAAGUGUACCAGCUUGUGCCCUCCCCACUUGUGAUUCCACAGCAGCAGGGUACUUGCCAGCCUACUGGCUCCAAUCUUGAACUCAUGAUCACUGCUAUUCUCAGCACCACCCAGCUCAUGAGUUUGUGUCCCUCUAUUUUAAAGCCGUCCAAACUGGCAGAUAUCAUUAUAUACUAUGGUAGCAGGUGUUAUUCUUUCACAAUGUGCUGUUUGAGAAAUCCUCCCCCCGCCCAUGCCCUGAAUCUCCCAACAAUCUGCUUAACUGGAUGAAUAUUAUGAGAGAAGAAGGGACAACAUAUCUCUAUCUGGCUUUUCUAUGCCACACACCAUUUCAUGUGCAUCUGUCAUGAUUCCCUGUUCCUUUCAGACCCAAUAUUUCUGAAGAUAAGGCUCGCCUGUGGUCUGUAGAGACACAAGACUGAGAUCAGAACAUUUAGCUUUUAAAGUGGGCUCUAAAAAUAUGAGAUUGAGGGACUGCAGUACAUUUGGUUCCUCCCUAUCACCUGUAAAUGAAGAAACCCAAAUAAGGAGUUGGGGCAGAGAAGCAAAACAAUUCAGAUUAUUCCAUUUAAGGAACAUUUCAGUUCAUGUCCACCAGAAGGAACAAGAUUUCCCUUUGAUCUGCAGAGAAGCGACUGGAUAUAUGCAGAAGCGCCAUCAAGAGAACGCCUCAAUAAAUAUGCCCCCUUUAAGAACCUUUGCCAGCUUCAUGAACUGUUGCAACCAUCCCAUGGAGAACCACAGUGCCAACCUGCUUUUAAGGGCUUGCUGAGUUCUCAUCUCUCAGUUUUGCUCAUCCUCCCCAGCAGCAGAGUCUUCCCACCUGUCUUCUUUCAAACAUGAAGAUCUUUUGCAUCAGUUUAUUUCUGGUCUCGGUGGUUCUCCUGGAUGCAUCUGGUGAGGAGCUAUUCAAGGUGGACUUGGGGAAGAGCAUUUGUCAAGGUUAAGGGUUCACCAGACACUCAGUGGCUCCAGGCUGUGUCAGUGGAAGAGACAGGGGCAUAAAUAUUCUCCACGGACUUAAACUGAGCUAACAAUUGUUUUCUCUCUCCCUUAGCAACUGCUCUACAACUCUCAGGAUUAUUUAGGGGAGAAAUCUGAUGAGGACUUAAAAAACAAUAAUGCUAUUCACGUCUUCAGGUUGAGAGAAAAUGGGCUCCCAACAUUCCAUAUCUUACUUUUUAGGGGUGUGCACAGACCACAAGAUGAAACUUGUAUCUGUAACUUUGGGGAUAUUUUCUGCACCUCUCCAAAAAUCUAUCUUUAAUAGAGGGUUUCCUUUCUGUAGGCUAUAUGGUUCCAGCACUAAAGCGAUGUAUUGAUGCUGACGGCUAUUGUGCUAUUGACUUAUGUCAUCCAGGUGAUACAUUUAUUCAGCGAUGCUACAGAAGGAGGCCUUGCUGUCGAAGGUGAGAAUAUGGGGGCGGAGGGACAAAAUGGGAGGGAAAUAAAAAGUCUAGUAUGUUGCCUUGACACUUUCCCCAUGAAAACCCACUCUUUAACCCUUUCAGCAAUUGUGGAAAACCUAAAUUGCUGUUGGUUUUGAUUCAGUGUUAAAUAUCAGGUUUUCCCAGGGGAAGCCGUGGGAACAAAAGGAAAGCACUCAGACAUGGAUGAGAAAAGUACAAACCAGAGCAAGGACUUCUGAGCUGGAGCAAGGACUUCUGAAGUUAUUUGCAGUGCCUUGGUGAUUCAGAUGUAAAGGGGGAAAUCCUGCAGAGAUGUGUCUGAUCAAAACUAUGCUUCUAAGCUGACUGUAUAAGUCAGAGGUUUUCAACCUUUUUGAGUCCAUGGCUCCCUUGACCAACUACACUCUUUCUGCGGCACCUCUGUGGGGCUGAGGAGCCCAGUUGUGUCACCUGUUGCCUGCAGAGCUGGUAGUCUCUCGCCCUUUUUCAAACACCCUCCCUUGUGGAGGCUUCCCUCAGCCUCCUCUCCUCUCCCCUCUCCUUGGGAGUCCUCUGCGCAGCAGCUGCUACUGCCCCUGGUCUCUGAGCUCUCCCCACCCCACACCAAAGAGAGGUGCCUCUUCACACUACCCCACAAGGGCCUGGGAGUUGUCUGUCCAUUCCCAACAGCAAGGACUGGUAGACUGGCUGGCUGUGCUCCCUUGCCCACUGGUUGCUUACUCUGAGGCCACCUCAGCUCCUGGCAACCAGCCCCAGAGGCACCAUUCGCCUGGGGAACUUGCAGCCAGGGCUGCUGCAACAAACAGCUGUGUAAGCCUUUGGGAGGCAGAGGUGCUAGAGGGCAUCAGAGGAGGGAGGAGAGGAAAGAGGGACAGAGGCCAGUGUUGCCCACGGCACCCCUGGGGUACCAUGGCACACUGGUUGAAAACCACUGCUAUAAGGAAACACCAGGACGAGGAGAAAUGGGACAGGACAGCUCCUUCAAAACGGACAAGUGCAGGGGGACCACUAGGGGGCGCAUCGGAAGAUGGCUGACAAUAACAUCUCUCCGACCCACACGAGGUAAUUUGGAGACUAUGAUGGGAGUAAUUAGCCUUCCUACACCACCCCCCCAGGAUGGUGGGGGGGACUGCCCUUGCCUGCUGUGCCCUAUACCACCCCUGAAUUUGUGGGGAUGGGGGCACUAGGCACAAAGCCCUCCUGUGGGAUUCCGGCACUCCUGGACACCAUCCCUGAUCCGCGCCACUAGCUGCAAGAACUUCAAAAGAAACCAUUUGGAUGAAGGAAUGCACAUAUUUCAAGGAAGGAGGGGGAGUAAAGACUGCUAACAGAAGAAAUCUCUGAUAAAACAAGACAAGAAUAAAACAUGAGAAGAUACGCCAAGACACGGUAUGGCAAAUGACUGAUGGGGGAGGGGGAAAAAACUUUCCUUUCUUUCCUUAUGUGAUUAAACAAGAAUCCCCUCCCCUCACGAGUCAGAAAUGUCGUUUUAAGGACUUAAGCUGUGGAUUUAAGGCUGUGUGGAGAUAAACUUUCGAACCAAAGCAUGUUUUAAGAAGAGCGUGGAAUGUAUAAGAGCUUUGGAAUGAUGCAGUUAAAAAUGCCGUCGCCAUAUUGGGAAGUUCUGUCGGAGGUCUUGAGUCUGGGAGGAGAAAGAGAGAAAUAGAGCUGUUUAUAUAUUGUGGGUGAAACUCCUCAGAGGGACUUAAGAGCGACAGUUUUGCGAGAUUAAUGAUGGAAAGAGCGAUGUUAUCUAUGAAGGCGAUGAUAUAUGGAAACCAUCUCGAUUUGAGGAUUGGAAGAACGGAAAAAUUCACACAGGAUUAUUAUUAUUAUUGGUGUUUAUCGGCUUAAGGAGACUAUCAGAAGAGAUCAUAAAGAAAAAAGAGAAAAUAUAUGAACAAGAUGUGAUGUGGAAACAGCAAGAUAAGACUGGAUAGAAUUAUGAACUCUGUUUGGACUGAUUUGGACUGAUUUGGACAUUAACGCAGUAGCAAGAAGAUGAUGAUCAGAAUCCCCCUUCGGAUCUUGAAAUAUGGGUCCCCCCAACAAAAUUUAAAAUUCGGCUUUGUAAUUCGGAAUUUAUGUGAUGUGAUUUAAUUUGAUUUGAUUGUCCGGUUAAUAAAAAUUAUUUAUAAAAAAAAAACUGACAAGUGCAGCUUGCAAUGAGAGGGCAUGGUUUUACAAGUGCUAUCCAAUCAGCAUGUUUUGAGUGAGGGAAAUAAAAUACAGUGGUACCUCUGGUUAAGGACUGAAUUCGUUCUGGAGGUCUGUUCUUAACCUGAAACUGUUCUUAGCCUGAAGCACCACUUUACCUAAUGGGGCCUCCAGCUGCUGCUGCGCCGCUGCACAAUUUCUGUUCUCAUCCUGAAGCAAAGUUCUUAACCCGAGGUAAUAUUUCUGGGUUAGUGGAGUCUGUAACCUGAAGUGUAUCUAACCUGAAGCGUAUGUAACCUGAGGUACCACUGUAGUGAUAUAAUACAUACCCUCCAACUUUUCUCUGAUGGAAAUAGGGAUGUCAUUAUUAUUAUUAUUAUUAUUCAUCUGAAUUAUCCCAGCCACUCUGGGCAGCUUCCGACAUAUAUAAAAACAUAAUAAAACCUUAAAUGUUUAAAAAAUUCCCUGUGCAGUCAGCUUUCAGAUGCCUUUUAAAGAUUGUAUAGUUACUUAUCUCCUUGGCUUGAGGGCAGCGGCAGAGCAAGCCGAUUGGGCGCCUGGGGUGGUGCACAUGCCCUGCGCCUGGGGGCAGGGCCAGCCGGGGCAGGAUGCUCCAUGGGGCCUCUGAGGAGUUUGCCUGCCUCUGCCCACUCAGCCACCCUACAGCUGAGGGGAAGGCAGUGGGCGGACCAUUUUGUCAGCACGGAGCCUGCGCACACCCAAGCUAGACAUGCUCAGGCGUGCUGCAGGCCCCGCGGUGAGUACCGCCUGGCAUUUUGUCACCCCCCAGUUGUGACACCCAGGAUGGACCACCCACAAUGCACCCCCUUCCUCCACCCCUGCUUGAGGAUCGCAUAACUCCAUUCUCUCCAACAUUUAUCCAGUGAAAAGAGGGACAUCAUAAGGUAAUGCAGGACAUUCCAGGAUCAAAUCAGAAACUGUAAAUCCAGGACUGUCCCUGGAAAAUAGGGACACUUGCAGGGUCUGGUAAUAUAAGUGCUUUGCUUUCCAGCACUUCUUGCUCUUUGCAUAUGAGAAUCUUCAUUGUAAUGGUAGUACUCUGUGACAGUUCACAUUUAUUUCCAUGACUUUUGUGCAGCUGAGGUUCUCAGCACUGUGUGCUGGCCUCUCUAAAGAGUUAACAAGUCUGUGUUCUUAAUAUCCACCUGUUUAUAAGGGUACCCCUCCUUUCCUUGAAACACCUGCUGUGUGUUAUGCUUAUCUUUUUCCAUCUCAGCAGGUCCCCACGCUGUCAUUGCAAAACAUGUCCCCGGGAACAAUUUGUGCCGUGGGGAUUUUACUGAAGUUGGCUAAAUGUAAAAAUAAGCAGAAUGGGCAGGAGAGGAAACUUUUUAGAAGGAAGUAAAAUGUCCUUGAUACCAGGGGAAAGGGGAGAUAUCUCCAACCCAGGGAACCGUAAGUGGAAGUCUAAGCAUAGUUUGGGGUGGCCUAGUGAGAAGAUCCAGAAUGGUGCUAAACGCAAGAGAAGAGUACAGUAAAUCUGGUCCAAUUUGUUAAUGAGAUAAUGACUUGGAUGUCUAAAAGUUAAUCCAUAUCUUUUUUAGGUCUGUAACUAAUCAGGUCUAAUCUCUAGGGUUUGGCACAUGUCUGAUGGCGCCAAGAAGUUAAGUCCCAUCAAAUGUAAAUACCUGGGAAAGUAGACAAAUCAUAGCACUGCUGGCCUCCUGCUUUGGGUUUCUAGGGAGAAGGUGAAAAGAAGGUGAAAAGGAGACAAAGCCAUCUAUUUUCUAUGCGGUCCAUCGCCACCCUUCUCCCAAAUUCUGAAGCAACCCUUUUCUUGUUGUCUCCAUCUGGUCUCACUAUUUCUCCCUGUAUUUUUCUUCUUCUUCUAGAAAAGAUGACAUCGAAGUCGAAGUCAUUCCAGGUAUAAUGAAUCUGUGUAUACAUGUAGUGGGAGUGGCAAUGAUCCUAAACUGAACGUAGGGUGGAGUCUGAUUGAGAGCAGUUUUCUAUAAGGCAAAUCCAGAUGCAUAACUGGAAUACAUAAAUAUACAUUGGACACAGUUUCAAAUUGUUUACAAGCAGAAAGUUCCAAAUACAUAAAUCCAUAAUAUCCAUAUCCAUAAUAACGAGAGAGAGAGAGAAGAUUGGAGGAUGGGGAUAGACACUAGGCAACAUGAUACAAACUCCCAAAUGAAAAUAAAAUGCACUGUUAACAAUCACUUCCACAGUAUCACCCUCACCAUCCAUUCACACAAUCAGAACUAUUAAGCACCUUGUGCAAUAUUUUGGCCAACCAACCAACCACUCAUGCUUAAAUCAAGCACACUCAAGAACAUGAAAACCAGCAAGAAGUUAUGACUUCCAAGUAUUUGACAAUGGCAGCAACAAAAACGGCUCUCUGCUGAAAUGAGGUUUCUGGGCUUAGGGGUUGGCAACCUAAGGCCCAUGGACCAGAAGCGGCCCGCAGAGGCCAUUUAACCAGCCCCCGAGCCGCCCCCGAACCGAGCUGCCCGCUCAGCAAGUCCCCACACCACGCUGUGCCAGUUUAGUGCAGUGCAGCGCAGGGACUCUCUUCUGCGGCUCUGGAAAUCACUUCUGCACAUGCCUAGACUCCGAAAAUCGUGCCUGCGCAGUCACGGUUUUCGGAGUCUGGGCAUGUGCAGAAGCAAUUUCUGGUGCCGGGGACAUGCGCAGACGCGAUUUCUGGCAUUGCGCUGCGCUGGUCCGGCCCAUGGGGGAUCUCUGCGGGAGUGAUCUGGCCCAUGCCUGGUAAGCCUUGCUGAGCCCUGGCUUAGGAUCUUGGCAUCUGACUUUGGUUUGUGGAUUGUGGGGUUCUAGUAAAAAUGAAAGCAGUUCCCGUAAGCCUGAUUUCUUCCCAAACCUGCUUUAAUGGCUUUAGGGGGUGGGAAUGUGCUUCUGCUUUGUUCUUCUGCCUUUUCUGAGGAGUGGGAAAUGGGAAGAGCUUGCCACUAAUGCUCAGGCAGGGGGGCCCAUCCACAGCUAGUGAUGGAAUGGGGGCGCUGCAUCUACAGCCAUGCCCCACAGAGAGUGCAUAUUACUACAUUGUAGUUGCCUGAAAAUGAACAUCCCUAACACAAGCCUUGCCUGUAAUCCUCGAGAGAUUUGGUGGGUGGGGAAUAAAGAUUAUUAUAUUCAAAGCUAAUGUCUCAGCUGUACCAAUAGGGGACAUCACAGGGGUCUGUUAAAAGGAUAGAGCAUUUUUGUAUUCUGAACCAGGGAGAGCUUGAAGGUAAUGUUUGUUUCAGGAUUGGAAAGGUUAGUUUACGUCAGCCUUCCUCCCCAACCUGGUGUCUUCCAAAUAUUUGGGACUAACAAUUCCCAUUAGACCCAGCCAGCAGUUGGCAAAGACUGGUUUAUUGAUCCAUGCAAGAAGUUACCGUAUUUUCCCAGGCUGAUGCAUCUGCAAACAAAUAAAUGAAGGAAGAUAAAGCAGCCCAUGAAACAGAUCUCUGAGUCCCUCUGCCUGUACAGCUUAGAAAUGUUACUCAGUAUUGUGCUUUUCAGUGCUCAGAGUGCUUUAAUGGUUGUUAACAGACUCAGCUUUCACAACAGCUGUUGCAGGUAGACUAGGUCAUAUUUAGAUCCGUCCAUCUGUCAGUGUGAAGCUAAGAUAUUGCCAGCACAAGCUUUCUUCAAAAUAGCCUGCAGCCGAGCACAGGUCUGAAACCAGUGAAAAGCAGCUCCUACACAGAAACCUAAGGAAUCCCAGAUGUUAGAGUUAGAUUAGCUGGUACUGCAUUUACAGAUGCAAGACCUGUGCUCAGUUUCCACCCCUGUGUACCUGUCUAAAGGUUCCGAAAUAUUUAAUAGUAAAGACGAAUGUGACAUUGUUGGAGGGGUCUGCCAUUUGAACACCUACAACCCUGGGAAGUGCUGGAGUCUUCGUUAUAUACCACUCGGACACUGCAUCCCAAGAGGUGUUUGCUGUAAAAGGUGAGUACAAAGGCUCCCUCCCCACAAAAUAAAAAUUAAUUGAGUUGAAGGUGGAAUGAUUCACAUACUCUUGCCUGGAGUUAAGGAUGGGGGUGAAUUUAAUUCAGUUCACAUUUAAAGUGAGCUUACCUAAAUCGUGCUUUCCAAAUGCGAAAACUAUGAACACAUUUCUGCUCAGCAAAAUGUGGGGAUCCUGCUGAUACCUAUCUCCUGUGUGGGGGUGCUGCUGUUUUGUCAACUUAGUGAUCUGAGAAUGAAUUUGCUACUUGUAUUACCGAUACCUACACAAUGACUGAGAGUUUUGAAAUUAGGACGGGGUGGGUGAAUUGUACAUGUGGAUGUUAACUCAGAAUUUCAAAACCUCUAACUUUUAGGCCAGACAGCUCCUUGCCAGAAAACCUUCACCUUAUAUAUUAAGGCCAGCCGGACUGCCUCAAGGACUUUUCACCAUCUGAAGGAACUCAAUGGAGUAUUUGCAAAGUAAUAAAUGCAAUGUAGUUGUGCUAAUGCAAAACACUCUCUCUUUUUAUUUGAAAGAGGUGGGCAGAGAAUAUCGUACUUUUAUCCAGAAAACCAGUUCGAACAAAAAUGUCUAAUGCACAGGUGAGGAAUCUUUGGCCCACCAGUUGUUGAUGCCAUUCAGUUAUGUCUGGGGGGUUACAACUUCCAACCCCUCUGUGGUCUCAUUGAGAGAUGCCCUGAUUUAGGCCUUAUUUUUGCAAGUAAUGGGGGGCCUAAACCUUUCCCCAAAGUUGCCCCAAGAAAACAGCUACCAUCACAAUAACAGCAGUGGUCAAGUUAUCACAGUCUAGAAACAACAAUCGCCAUUUGCUAACUGGACCAAAGACACUCCUAACCACUAAGAUCACCUAAACAUGUUACGUGUCGUCAUAUAACAGAUGAACAAAUGACGUUAUACAGAUGUUACUGGAACUGUUCUGUAAACAUUGCAAACUAUUUCCAAGCAUGAAUCACCCAACAAUUCAAGUACCAAUUCCUUAUAACGAAGUGACUUUUUGACACAUACCCCUCUUUUUAAAAAAGGCAGUCAAACUAGUCUUAAGUGCACACACUCUCCAUAUGUUCCAUAUGUUUGUAUUAUGGCCCAAGCAGUGGAAGUCACCGACAUUGUUUUGAACCGUAGCACGUUCACAUCUUGAAACUGGAUUUAGAACAUAUUCUGAAUUAUAGGCUGUCCUAAGCCAAACGGAAGCUUGCUUGUGUGAAGCCCUUUAACUGGGUAAAUUGUGUUUAUUUGUCCAGGUGUCUGAUCUGAAGGUGAUCUGGGAAGGGGAAUAAGAGUAAUGACUGCAUGGGUCGUCUCCAUGCCUACCUGUGGCAUACAGCAAAAAUGGCUGCAUGGAAAGGGUUACUCAUAUUCUUAAUCAGGGCAGAGUAUAGUGAAAGGACUAGUCAAAGGCGAUUCAGAGCAAAGGCCCAUUGUUAUCCAUGGAACUUCCUUGUCUUGUGUAAUACCUGUAUUACUUCAGCAAGCAAAAUAGUACAGUCUCAGAGUUGUCAGAUCAAGGCCUCAUUUCCAUGCUUGUGAGCCAGCAUGGUGUAGUGGUUAAGAACGGUGGACUCGUAAUCUGGUGAACCGGGUUCACUUCCCCGCUCCUCCACAUGCAGCUGCUGGGUGACCUUGGGCUAGU